UUUAUCCGACGCCAAGAGCCCAACUUCCGCUUGAUCAAACGGAUAAAAUCCCAAGGGUUUCACGCUGACAAAUUUUUAAGUUUUUUACGCGGAGCAGCGCAUCAGACUGCAUUUAGGUCAUCUUCUCCCAUUUCCCUCCUCGAAGAGAAGCAAGUUCGAACGAAAGUUUUGACCUUCUGUUAUUGCUACUCCAAACAUGCAUCGCGCUGUCGUUUCCAACCUCAGAGCUCUCAAGGCUAGCUAUCUCGAAACCCUACAACAUGGACAAAGGAACCGGGUUUUUCGAGCUUCCAAAAGAUUUGCUAGUACAGAUGUGGAAAAAAGAUCCUCGAGCAGCUUCUUUAGUUGGCUUACCGGCGAAAAGUCUAACCAGCUUCCCCCUUUAGAUUAUCCACUACCAGCCGUUUCACUGCCUCCGCCACUUCCUGAUUAUGUGGAGCCUGGCAAGACAAAGAUCACUACUCUUCCAAAUGGCGUUAAAAUUGCCUCUGAAACUUCUCCAAAUCCAGCAGCUUCAAUAGGACUGUAUGUUGAUUGUGGAUCAGUAUAUGAAUCACCAAAUUCUUUUGGAGUUACUCAUUUGUUGGAACGUUUGGCCUUUAAGAGCACAACCAAUAGGAGCCAUCUCCGCAUUGUGCGCGAAGUAGAAGCCAUUGGAGGAAAUGUCAGCGCUUCAGCAUCCCGUGAGCAAAUGGGAUAUACUUUUGAUGCUUUAAAAACAUACUUGCCAGAAAUGGUUGAGGUGCUUAUUGAUAGUGUCAGAAAUCCCAUUUUCCUUGAUUGGGAGGUUGAUGAACAGGUAAAGAAAGUAAAGUUAGAGAUAGCAGAAGCUUCGAACAACCCACAGGGUCUGCUUUUGGAGGCUAUACACUCUGCCGGAUAUAGUGGUGCAUUAGCAAUUCCACUUUUGGCUUCCGAAUCAUCCUUGAAUUUAAUAAAUAGCAGUGUUCUUGAACAAUUUGUUGCUGAAAACUAUACUGCCCCAAGGAUGGUACUUGCUGCAUCUGGUGUGGAACACGAGGAAUUAGUUAAACUUGCCGAACCACUUCUAUUGAAUCUUCCCAAGGUUAAUCGCCCAGAGGAGCCAAAAUCUCUCUAUGUUGGAGGGGAUUAUCGGUGUCAAGCUGAUUCUGCGAGUACACAACUUGCUAUUGCUUUUGAAGUUCCUGGUGGCUGGCAUAAGGAAAAGGAUGCCAUGGCUGUGACAGUACUUCAGAUGCUUAUGGGAGGUGGUGGCUCUUUUUCUGCUGGAGGGCCUGGAAAGGGGAUGUACUCUCGUCUAUAUCUCCGUGUAUUAAAUGAAUAUCAACAGAUUCAGUCAUUCUCAGCUUUCAAUAGUAUCUACAAUAAUACUGGCAUUUUUGGAAUCCAUGCAGCAACUAGUUCAGAUUUUGUUUCGGAAGCUGUAGAUUUAGCAGCCAGGGAAUUGCUUGCUGUUGCAACUCCUGGACAAGUUAGUCAGGUUGAAUUAGAUCGUGCUAAACAGGCAACGAAAUCGGCAGUUUUGAUGAAUCUGGAGUCUAGAAUGGUAGCAUCAGAAGACAUAGGGAGGCAGAUUUUGACAUAUGGAGAAAGGAAGCCUAUCGAUCAUUUUCUUAAAGCUGUUGAAGAGGUUACUCUCCAUGACAUUGCUUCUCUUUCUGAAAAGAUAAUCUCUUCUCCUCUCACAUUUACCUCCUGGGGUGACGUUGUUCAUGUGCCCAGUUAUGAAUCAGUGAGCGGAAGGUUCAACUCCAAAUGAGAAAUUUUCUGCGAGUAAGCAAAUGUUGUUUUUUCUAAAAAAUUUUGCAUAUUUUGAGCUGCCUUUAUUUAUUGCCCAGCAUCUGAAUUGGUCUCCACUAAAUGAAAUAUUUAUUGAAAGAAUAAGUUAUAGGUUAGCUGAGAUCUCAAAAUACUUUUAUUCAGCAUAACAUUGGGAUACGCCAAUAUUCUUCUUUAAAUGGAAAU